AUGGGAGGAGGAGGAGGUGGAUGUGGAUGCGGAUGUGAAGAUACUUCAUGUCUUCCAAAACCUCCAAAGAUUACCUGUCAACGACUAUGCUUCUCUAUUCCAUCAAUCGCGCUGCCGAUGCCAUGCGGUUGCGGCUGCGGAGGACGUAAGAAGAGAGCAGUUGAAGGUGAUGCUAAGUGCACGGAUCCAGAACUACAUAAGCUCAUCUUAGCGGGCAUACGCAAUAACGUGACCGAAUCACGGAACAACAUUCUCGCCGCUUUGAAGGAAAAGCACGGCGAUUCGCGAUAUUUGGUUACGUGCGCCGAAGGCACCGCAACAUUUCUAUCAUCAGCAGACCAGUACUGCACGGCUGGAACACCACAACUGAUAUGUCAUGUGGCACGAGCAGUUGAUCCUGAACCCUCAUCGUGA